AUGUCUCAACGGCCAGAAUCCCGAGAGUCUCUCUUGCGAUGGGCCACGCUGCUUUAUAGAGGUGCAUGGUACGCGUCAGAAAGCGGCAAUAUUGCGGAUGUAAGGGAAAUGGCAUCGAAAUCGCAUAAGUAUAGAGUCAAAUUGCUAGGUGCGAAGGAUGACGAGGCCCUUGCGAGUGCUGCAAUGUUGGCCGAAGCCUAUUUACGAGAGGGCCGAUGGGAGGAGUCGGAACAGCUCUUCGUGCAGGUCAUUGAGGCGAGCAAGAUAAAGCUCGGCGUGGACCAUCCCGACACGCUGACCAGUAUGGCCAACCUGGCAUCGACGUAUAGGAACCAGGGCCGAUGGGAGGAGGCGGAACAGCUCUUCGUGCAGGUCAUUGAGGCGAGCAAGACGAAACUCGGCGUGGACCAUCCCGACACGCUGACCAGUAUGGCCAACCUGGCAUCAACGUAUAGGAACCAGGGCCGAUGGGAGGAGGCGGAACAGCUCUUGUUGCAGGUUAUAGAGGCGAGCAAGAUGAAGCUCAGCGUGGACUAUCCCAACACGCUAACGAGUAUAGCCAACCUAGCAUCGACGUAUAGGAACCAGGGCCGAUGGGAGGAGGCAGAACAGCUCUUCGUGCAGGUUAUUGAGGCGAGCAAGAUAAAGCUUGGCGUGGACCAUCCCGACACGCUAAGGAGUAUGGCCAACCUGGCAUCGACGUAUUGGAACCAGGGCCGAUGGGAGGAGGCGGAACCGCUCGAGGUGCAGGUCAUGGAGACUCGCAAGACGAAGCUUGGCGUGGACCAUCCCGACACGCUGAGGAGUAUUACCAACCUAGCGGCGACUUAUUGGAACUAG